AUGCUCAGUGUGCGCAAGAAACUCAGUUUUGCAGAAGAUCUGUCUGUGACUCUGAAGUUCCCCCCUGCUGGAUUCAGGGAUCUCAGCGAGAACCAGAUCCAGGGGGUUCCACGGAAAGCCUUCAGAGGAGCUGUGGAGAUCAAGAACCUCCAGUUAGACUACAACCACAUCAGCUGCAUUGAAGAUGGAGCUUUCCGAGCGCUACGUGACCUGGAAGUGCUCACCCUCAACAACAACAACAUCAGCCGCCUGUCUGUGGCCAGUUUCAACCACAUGCCGAAGCUCAGGACCUUUCGCCUGCACUCCAACAACCUGCAGUGUGACUGCCACGUGGCCUGGCUGUCAGAGUGGCUGCGACAACGCCCCCGUCUGGGUCUCUACACGCAGUGCAUGGCCCCGCCGCACCUGAGGGGGCACAAUGUGGCCGAGGUGCAGAAGAAGGAGUUUGCCUGCACAGGUCACCAGUCGUCAUCCUCCUCCUCCUGCAGCGUGCUACAGUGCCCAGAGUCGUCACCUGCAGAUAACAACAUCGUCGACUGCAGAGGGAAAGGACUGACAGAAAUCCCCACCAACCUGCCUGAAACCAUUACCGAGAUACGACUGGAGCAGAACGCCAUCAAGGUGAUCCCAGCUGGAGCCUUUUCUCCUUAUAAGAAGCUGCGCAGAAUAGACUUGAGCAACAACCAGAUAUCAGAGUUAGCCUCAGACGCCUUCCAAGGUCUGCGCUCCCUCAACUCCCUGGUUCUUUACGGGAACAAAAUCACAGAAAUUUCCAAAGGGCUGCUUGAGGGACUCUUUUCUCUGCAGCUAUUGCUGCUCAAUGCUAAUAAGAUAGCGUGUCUCCGUGUGGACGCGUUUCAGGACCUCCACAACCUCAAUCUGCUCUCGCUGUAUGACAACAAGCUGCAGACCAUCGCCAAGGGGACCUUCUCGUCGCUGAGAGCCAUACAAACACUCCACUUAGCCCAGAACCCGUUUAUCUGUGACUGUCACCUGAAGUGGCUGGCCGACUACCUGCAGGACAAUCCCAUCGAGACGAGCGGCGCCCGCUGCACCAGCCCGCGGCGGCUCGCCAACAAACGCAUCGGACAAAUCAAGAGCAAGAAGUUCCGCUGCUCAGCUAGAGAACAGUAUUUCAUCCCAGGUACGGAGGAUUACCGCAGCAAGCUAGGAGGCGACUGCUUCGCCGACCUCGCCUGCCCCGAGAAGUGCCGCUGUGAGGGCACCACGGUCGACUGCUCCAACCAGAAACUCACCAAAAUACCCGAUCACAUCCCUCAGUACACGGCUGAACUGCGACUGAACAACAAUGAGUUCUCUGUGCUCGAGGCGACGGGGAUCUUCAAAAAGUUGCCUCAGCUGAGGAAGAUUAACCUGAGUAACAACCGCAUCACCGACAUAGAGGAGGGGACGUUUGAAGGAGCCUCGGGGGUCAACGAGCUGAUUCUGACCUCCAACAGACUGGAGAACGUGCACCACCGCAUGCUGAAGGGCCUCGCUGGCCUCCGCACACUCAUGCUGAGGAGUAACCGUAUCAGCUGUGUGAGUAACAGCAGCUUCGUCGGGCUGAGCUCAGUGCGUCUCCUCUCGCUCUACGACAACCAGAUCACCUCCAUGAACCCCGGGGCGUUCGACACCCUGCACUCCCUGUCCACACUCAACCUUCUGGCCAAUCCCUUUAACUGCAACUGUCACCUGGCUUGGCUCGGCGAUUGGCUGAGAAGGAAGCGCAUCGUCACCGGUAACCCUCGCUGUCAGAACCCUUACUUCCUGAAGGAGAUACCCAUCCAGGAUGUAGCCGUCCAGGACUUUGCCUGUGAAGAGGGUAAUGAAGAGAACAGCUGCUCUCCGGUGCUCAGGUGUCCCGCAGAGUGUUCCUGUCUGGACACUGUGGUGCGCUGCAGCAACAAAGGUCUGACCACGCUGCCCAAAGGCCUCCCCAAAGAGACCACUGAACUGUAUCUGGAUGGAAACCACUUCACUCAGGUCCCCGUGGAGCUCUCCAACUACAAACACCUAACACUCAUUGAUUUGAGUAACAACCAGAUCAGCACGUUGUCCAACCACAGCCUCAGUAACAUGUCCGAGCUGCUUACCCUAAUCCUGAGCUAUAACCGCCUGCGGUGCAUCCCGGUGAGGGCGUUCGAUGGACUCAAGUCUCUCCGCUUGCUAUCUCUCCAUGGUAACGACAUAUCACUGAUACCUGAGGGAGCCUUCAAAGACCUGUCGUCGCUCUCCCACUUGGCUCUGGGUGCCAACCCUCUGUACUGCGACUGUCACAUGCAGUGGCUGUCAGACUGGGUGAAGAGCGGCUACAAGGAGCCCGGCAUCGCCCGCUGUACCGGGCCCGGCGACAUGACGGACAAACUGCUGCUCACCACGCCGUCCAAGAAGUUCACCUGCACAGGUCCUGUGGAAAUUAGCAUUCAGGCAAAGUGUGAGCCCUGCCUGUCUAACCCCUGCAAGAAUGACGGCACCUGCUCCAACGACCCGGUGAACUACUACCGCUGCAACUGCCCCUACGGAUUUAAGGGACAAAACUGUGAGGAGCCGAUUCAUGCCUGUAUCAGUAACCCGUGCAAUAACGGAGGCACCUGCCAUCUGAAAGAAGGAGAAGGGAGCAACUUCUGGUGUGUGUGUCCAGAGGGUUUCGAAGGCGACGCGUGCGAGAUCAACAUCGACGACUGCGAAGACAACGACUGCGAGAACAUCACCUGCGUCGACGGGAUCAACAACUACACGUGCAUGUGCUCACCAGAAUACACAGGGGAGCUUUGUGAAGAGAAACUGGAUUUCUGCGCCCCAGAGCUGAACCCGUGUCAGCACGACUCAAAGUGCAUUUUGACCCCUAAGGGAUACAAGUGUGAGUGCACUCCCGGUUAUGUGGGCGAGCACUGUGAGCUGGACCAAGAUGACUGUGAAGAGAACAAGUGUCAGAACGGAGGUCAGUGCAUCGAUGCCAUCAACGGAUACACCUGCGUCUGUCCGGAGGGAUACAGCGGCUUGUUCUGUGAGUUCUCUCCCCCGAUGGUCCUUCCUCGCACAAGCCCAUGCGACAACCACGAGUGCCUCAACGGUGCACAGUGCGUUGUCGUGGGAACAGACCCCCGCUGCCAGUGUCUCCAUGGCUAUGAGGGCGAGCGCUGUGAGACGCUCGUCAGCGUCAACUUUGUCAACCGCGAGUCCUACCUGCAACUUCCCUCCAGCCACCUCUCACCGGAGACAAACAUCAGCCUACAGAUUGCUACAGAUGAGGACAGUGGUGUGUUGUUGUAUAAAGGAGAUAACGAUCACAUCGCCAUGGAGCUGUACAGAGGACGUCUCAGGGUCAGCUACGAUACCGGAUCCUACCCUCCGUCUGCUAUAUACAGUGUGGAGACAGUGAAUGAUGGGAGCUUCCACGCUGUGGAGUUGGUAGCCUCAGACCAGACUUUGUCUCUGUCCAUUGACGGUGGGCCGCCCAAAUCCAUCAACUCCAUUAGCAAACAGUCCACACUCAACAUAGACUCUCCACUUUAUCUGGGAGGUAUGCCAGAACGUGCCUCGGCCUCAGGGGGUCUCUCAUCCCUGCAGCAUGGCUCAGGUGGACGUAAUGGCAGCAGCUUCCACGGCUGCCUUCGUAACCUCUACAUCAACGGGAAGCUUCAAGACCUGGGGGCCGGUCUGGGGCCAGGGGUACCGGGCACAGGGACCGCACAGAGCACCACCAGACAGUGGCUGGGCCACGGGGUGGAGCCAGGCUGCCAACCCUGCCAGAGAGGCGCCUGCGUCCAGGGUGACUGCCACCCAACGGGGCAUCGAGGCUUCACCUGCACCUGCCACCCCGGCUGGACAGGGACACUGUGUGACCAGCAAGUCAACAACCCCUGUGACGGCAACAAGUGUAUCCACGGUACCUGUCUUCCAAUCAACUCCUACUCUUACUCCUGCCGCUGCCAGCCCGGUUUCGCUGGCGUCCUCUGUGACGAGCAGGACCAGGACGCAGCCAACCCGUGUAGUCUGCCUCGCUGUAAACACGGAAAAUGUCGAGUGUCAGGGCUAGGGAAGGCGUACUGCGAGUGUAACAGCGGAUAUACAGGAGAGGCCUGCGACAGAGAGGUGGCCUGCCGAGGUGAACGGGUCCGAGAUGUCUACCAGAGACAGCAAGGCUACGCGGCGUGCCAAACCCAGGAGAAGGUCUCCCGUCUAGAGUGUCGGGGCAGCUGCCCGGGGGGAGCAGAAGGACAGGGCACCUGCUGCACCCCCCUCCGCAGCAAACGCAGGAAAUACACCUUCCAGUGCACCGAUGGCUCUUCUUUCGUACAGGAAGUGGAGAAGGUGGUCAAGUGUGGCUGUACAAAGUGUUCCUCAUAAAAAAAAUGUAUAAAAAUAGAAGAAAAAAAAAGAGACAACACCCUCGGCAGAUUUGCUCCCGUACAGAAAUGUUUUAUGUUCCUGCCCGCCUUACUUGACCCUCGUCUCCCUCGUCCAAGGUGUCCGACUCCUUCUGAGAAAAAACCUUCCACCCUCCACCAAACCUGUUUUUUAAAAACCCUUUGAAAGGCAAAAAAAAAAAAACAAGAGAAACAACGAAAAAAUUGUUUCUUUUCUUGUCAGUGCUGGACUGAUGAUCGAUGCUUCCUCGGUGGGGAUGUUGAAUUGUAUUGUAAAGUACAAAAACAGACUUAUUUUUUAUUAUGAAGUGGAGAAAAAGACAAAAAAAAAAA